AAAAAAAAAAGGAUAAGAAGAUAGUCGCUCUCGAAGUGGUAAAACUUUAGCGGGGGCUGUUUGUUGUUACACUCCUACGAGGCGACAGCUUUUAUUGCAGCGGUCUUCCCUCCUCCCGUAAAGGGACGGCUUUAUAUUCACAUCACAGCGGAGCGACUUUAACCAAAGUUUUUUUUCUUCUGAAGACACUUCAUGCUGGAGCUUGAAGGUGACUUCCUGUAGAGCCGCUUACAGGGAGGAAAACCUCUGUGGAAACCUGAAAAAAAAGGACGAGUUUUCCCAUUUUGCAUCAUACUGGGAGCUGCAGAAUAGUCACAUGGCUCCAAGAUUCCUCAUUCCUUUGGCACUUCUUGCUGUGUGCUGCCUGACGUCUGCAAGGCCACCGUUUCGGAGUCCAUGUGAGCUGCUGCCAGUUGGGACAGGACACCCGGUGCAGGCCCUGCAGAAGAGCUUUGCCGUCAUGUCAGGGUGUGCAAGCACGGGCACCGUCAGCCUGCCUCAGGAGGUGCACGUCAUCAACCUGAGAGGACACGCUCCACCAGGACCAGACAACACUCCAGCAAAGGUUGAGCUGCAUCUCAAGCCCAUCCAGUCCAUGCUGCACCACCACAAGCCUCUUGUCUUUGUGCUAAACUCCCCCCAACCAGUGGUCUGGAAUGUCAAGGCAGAGAACCUGGAGCUGCGCAUCGAACAUACCUUUUAUGUAUCGCAGGGCUCAGAGGUCCGCUUUGAGCAGGGAAACUUCACCCAGAUCCAACUGGAGACCCUACCCCACGGCAACGAUCACCUCCUCAACUGGGCCCAGAAGAAGUACAAGGCCGUCACCUCCUUCACUGAGCUCCGGAUGACUCAAGCCAUCUACAUCAAAGUUGGGGAAGAUUCCUGGUUUUCUGACACCUGUAAGAUCGACACCAUGUUUCUGUCUCUGAAUUACCUGGGCAGCUACCAGGUGCUGCAGGCGUCGAAGGGCUGUGUGCUGUCUGCGCCUGAGAAAAACAGAGAAGUGCACAUCGUUGACCUGCAAGCUCCAAACUCGAGCAGUGCUUUUCAAGUGGAUGUCAUUGUGGAUUUAAGGCCUCUGAAGACUGAUGGUGUGGUGAUACGGGACGUCACCUUGCUGCUUAAAUGUGCGAAGUCUGUCAAUUGGGUUGUCAAAACCCACAACGUGAUGGGGAAGCUGGAUGUAGUGUCCUCGGAUUCGGUGAGUGUCAGUUCCCAGAUGUCUGUGUCACAAUCCCCCAAACAAAGCUUGCCAUCAGGACCACAAGCCUUGAUCAAGUGGGCGGAGGAACAUGGCCGUGGUCCUGUAACAUCCUACACCAACACGUCUGUGGCAAACCACUUUAAUAUCCGACUGAGAGAACCAGAUGUGGUGGAUCAUCUGGAGAGCAGAUCACUUCCUGAUCUGUCCAUCCUGCGCCACUCCAGCCCUCUGCUAGGAGAAGGACCUGCACCUCGGCGCUCUGCUCUGCCCUUUCCAUUCCCUCUACCCUCACAUGAUGGUUUCCCCUCUUUGUCUGGCCCUGACCAGCUGUGGAAUGAUUACGAACAUGAGGACCAGAGGCCCAUUCUGAACGUUGAACGCAGCGUACAGUGUUUGGACAAGAAGAUGGUGGUCAGCAUUGACAAAAAGAGCCUGCAAGCUCAGGGUUUUACUCAUGCCAACCUUACAUUGCAAGACCCAGAAUGCAAAGCAAUCGUCAAUGCCACCCACUACACAUUGGAAACUCCUCUGACUGGCUGUCAGACCACCAAAUUUCCUACGCCUGGUCUAUCGACUCUCUAUUUAAACUCUGUGAUCGUAAGCCCUGCUGAGGCACGAAAUGGGAGUGGAAGCCCAGUGGAUUUCGAGGAUCUGGAAUCUGUAAAUGGGCCAUUCCCAAAAGAUCUGGUGGAGCCAGAGAGGAUAUUAACAGAACAAAAACAGCAAGUGUCUAUAAUAGAGUUCAAUUGCACAUACAAGAUGGACAAGGGUACCACAGGACGUCCUACCAAGCUCCCUCCAGCUGUAACCAAGCCGUCCAUGGACAACAUGUUUUCCAUGGAGCUGUACGACACGCUGCCCUACAGCCAUCCUUCACGCCAGGCCUUCUACACCGUGAGCCAACAGAAGGAAGUCUUUGUGCAGAUUGCAUCAACCGUGUCCGACCCGGACGUUGGGCUCACCAUCAUGUCGUGCUUCAUUUCUCCCAACUCUAACCCCAGCGUGCCCUCAGACUACAAGCUCAUUCAGAACAUUUGCCCCCUGAAUGACUCUGUCCAGGAACUGCAGAAGGAUUUCUCUCUUGGGGGAAAGGUGGAGAAGAAAAUGUUUAAGUUCAUCUUUAACUCAGAGUUCAACGUGAAGCAUCUUUUUCUACACUGUGAGACGUCUCUGUGCUCCAAGAACACUCAGAACCGAGAUCUGCCACAGUGUCUGACCUGUGACUCAGUUUCUUUGGACAAACUUGUGCCACUGAUGAUGAACAUCAAGGUGUUGACAAAGCCACUGGUUGUGGUGGAUGAUUCACACACUACAGACUCAAAACCUGAAACCCCACAGGAACCUAAAAAUGACGGAAGCAUGUAUCUGCUGGACACUCCCACAGUAAUGGGGAUCGCUUUUGCAGCCUUCGUCAUCGGGGUUCUGCUGACUGGAGCCCUGUGGUUCAUCUACUCACACACAGGUGGGACAGCUGAUUCACAGCCGGUCCAGAAGCCUCAGCCUGUGUCAGAACACAGCAGUGCAGCUCCCAGCAUCGGCAGCACGCAGAGCACGCCAUGCUCCAGCAGCAGCACGGCGUAGCCCACGACUCCACGCCGCAGGACGCACACAGCCGCGCUGCUGCACAGGACGGGCCAACUGUCCACGCUGACGGGUUGUUUACCUUUUAAAGGUACGACUCCGAAAAUAUCAACACCUUCAGUCCUCGGUGCCACCCUGUGUGCAGAGAGAAGUGCUGUCCUGCAGUUAUUGCUGUACCGCCUCGGAGGCACGAGCAAGCUGCCUCGCCUCAUGUCUGAUAAACAAAUCACAAGAAUGAGAUGAAUGUUUUUAUCAGGAUUUUUUAUUUUUAUUUUCUUUUUAAAUCCAAAUGCUGCUUUUCUGAUGGCAUCGUUUGUUUUGGCCUUUAAUCGAAGUUGUACCCGGCAGGUGUAGCCUGCCGAGAUUAGAAAGUGAUGGCUGGACCGUAACACGUUACUUUAAACAGACGCGUGGCAGAAAGUAGCACAGGAGCGAAACAACCACUAUCGACAUGCAGACAAAUGUGCAGUAUGAACACAAGUCAGCGUUGUGACGAAGACGAACGAGGAGUUUAGACAGUGGAAGAGUUGAAUGUAGAUGAGAAGAGCAAACACCAAAAAAAUGUGAAAGAAAAAUGUGAAAGACAUGCAGACAAAAUAUCUUUUAGAAUAAUCUGAAUUAAAUUCUUUUUAUAACACAUUUCAGUUUUCACAGCCAGUAUAACACAUUUGAGUUUUUAUACGUUCUUUAGUUUCUGCUCAAAAUUAAGAUAAAAAUGCUCAUUUGUUUAUUAUUUACACACUAUUUCAAAAGAUUGCCGCUACUCUUGUGUCUGUGUGUAUUACAGACUGAGCUGGAGUCACUGUGUCCGCAUCAUAACUGUAGGUGGAAGCAACUGAUUCAAAAAAUGUUUAGUAGUUUACAAAGACAAAAAAACACAAAUUACAUCUAAACUAAAACAACAAACUUUCAUUCCAAUUAUUAUCGCCUAUUUUGUGAGGCUAAACAGAAGCAUUUUAAUUGGUUAUUACUAGUAGCAUCUCAGGAGACAGAAAGAUUUGAACACUUUGCCACAAACUCAACUGAUAGGCCUCGCUCCUGUCUGUUUGUCUCUUCAGGCCUUAAAAUGAAUCUGAACAUGUGCUACUAACUUUACAUUAAAGCACCUGUGACAUGCAUAUCAUUCAAAUACUAAAAGUCAAAGAAAACAUCUUUAUAAUUAGGAAACAACGUAAUACACAAUUCUGACAACUGUCAUAUUUUCUUUUGAACUUGGCUCAGCAAAAGUGAAACAGGAAGUGACAUCAAAGGGGAAAUUU